AUGACUUUGCUGUGGGCACCUGCGGCUGCUGCUUACCUAACCCUCCUUGGCACAGUCUUGGGCUGUGGAGUCCCUGCGAUCAGACCAAAUGUGAGGGACACCGAGCGAAUUGUCAAUGGAGAGAAUGCAGUUCCAGGCUCCUGGCCGUGGCAGGUCUCGCUGCAAACGAGCUCUGGUGCCCAUUACUGUGGAGGUUCCUUGAUCAACGAGAACUGGGUGGUUACCGCUGCUCACUGUAACCCAAGAAGCCUCUCACAUGUUGUUGUCCUUGGAGAAUAUGAUCGAAGCUCCAAUGCAGAGCAAGUCCAGGUGAAGAAGAUAGCCAAGGCCAUCACCCAUCCCUCCUGGGAUUCCAGAACCCUCAACAACGACAUCACCCUGUUGAAGCUGUCCACCCCUGCCCAGCUCAACACCCGCGUGUCUCCCGUCUGCCUGGCUUCUGCCACAGAGACACUGCCCGAAGGGCUGAAAUGCGUCACCACUGGCUGGGGGCGGACUAGUGGCGUCGCAAAUAAUCCAGCAGCCAAGUUACAGCAGGUGGCGAUACCCCUGGUGACGGUCAAUCAGUGCCAGCAAUACUGGGGCAAUCGAGUUACCAGCUCCAUGGUAUGCGCCGGGGGCGCUGGUGCCUCCUCCUGCCAGGGUGAUUCUGGAGGUCCCCUCGUGUGCAUGAAAGGCUCAGUCUGGAACCUGAUUGGGAUAGUGUCCUGGGGCACUACCAAUUGCAAUGUCCGGACUCCCGCCGCCUACACUCGCGUCUCCAAAUUCCGCAGCUGGAUAGACCAAGUCAUCGCUAGAAACUGA